GGCACAUGUGGAAGUCGAUAGUCCUCUUCUUUAUUCUUUUGAGGACUAUGCUGCCCGGCUCGUUCCUACACUGGGUACUCAAGCUCAAGGACAAGACGUGUGUGCAACAUCUUCUCCGUCCGGCAGCGGCAACUUAUCGUCUUCAAGUGGUUCUUCACGGGAUUCGGCGCGCGAGUUCAACAUAGAGGUAUUGGAUCCGCUCAUGUCCGAGGACUUUGCAUGUCUUCCUCUCCUGACCACGGACUGCUUGCCGGGACCGCAAUGCGCAGCACUAUGCGCUCAUCUCCACACAUACUUAUCCUUCUAUGCACCACCAACUUCGCCAACGGAUGACGAAGUCGCGGUGGGGGACAUCCUUGCGUAUGUUACCAAGGUGGCCUGCGAGUUUCGCAAUCAGCGGUACGACGACAACAACGCAUCUCCACUCUAUGUCCGCAUCCAAGUUGGGCAAGCGUCCUGUAGCGCUUUGUCAGACAGCGGCGCGUCUCGCAAUUUUAUGAGCCAAGCCUUUAUGCAAAUGGCUGGCCUUGGUGCACAAGUUCGAAGGAAGGCAAACCCGACGACGAUCAAGUUGGCGGAUGGAAGGACGCAGCAACUCAUCGACCUCUACAUUGAGGCCGUACCGGUGUAUUUCACACCUCAUGCAUGUGAACAGGUGACGUUCAACAUUUUGGACACGGACUUCGACAUCAUUCUGGGAAUGCCUUGGCUUGCAAGUGCAGAUCACACAGUCAACUUCCACCGGCGGACUCUUAGCGUUCGUAACGCCUUCGGCGCCGAAGUGGCGUGUACCAUUCCUCUUCCGCACCCUUUGAUUCGGUGCCAAGUGGUGACGGCCAAAUCAUUCCGGGCAACUUGCGCUUACGAGCAGCCUGAGGAAAUCGACCUAUGUUUCCUACGGACCGUCGCAGUAGCUGACUCUUCACCCACGGACUUGUCUUCGGACCCCCGGGUGGUGAGGUUGCUGGACGAGUUCGCCGAUAUCUUCGAGUCACCUACCGGUGUGGUGCCGGAUCGGCCGAUCUCUCACGAGAUCAUUCUUGAGGCCUGUGUCGUGCCGCCGAAAGGUUGCAUCUAUCCGAUGAGCGAGGAGGAGCUUGAGGUUCUCCGCGCACAACUCGACGACUUGUUGGCCAAGGGCUGGAUCCGCCCUAGUGGCUCCCCAUAUGGAGCACCAGUUCUCUUCGUUCGAAAGAAGAACAAGGAUCUACGAUUGUGUAUCGACUACCACAAGCUCAACGCGCAAACUGUCAAGAAUGCGGGGCCUCUUCCUCGCAUCGACGAUCUUCUUGGGCGGCGCGAACCGAACGAUCACUACAAAUCCGCAUUCAAGACGCGGUACGGGCAUUUUGAGUGGGUGGUCAUGCCUUUUGGCCUCACCAACGCCACGACGACCUUUCAAGCGGCAAUGACCAACGAGUUUCGUGCAAUGUUGGACUGGUUCGUGCUGGUCUACUUAGACGAUAUUCUCGUCUAUAGUCGGACAUUGGAGGAUCAUCUUGGGCAUCUUCGACGAGUGUUGGAGACGCUCCGCCGCGCCAAGUACAAGGCCAACCGUGACAGGUGUGAAUUUGUCCGGCAAGAGCUGGAAUACUGGGGUCACUUUGUCACACCGGAGGGCAUCAGUCCACUAUCGGACAAGAUUCAAGUCAUCCAAGAGUGGUCGGAGACACGGAACGUCACGGAUGUCCGCUCGUUCCUUGGCCUCGCCGGCUACUACCAGCGUUUUAUCAAGGAUGCAUCUGGCUAUGGCAUUGGUGUCGUCCUCGAGCAACACGAUGGCGUGGAUUGGCACCCGGUCGAGUAUUUCAGCAAGAAAGUGCCAGUCGUGCAUUCCAUUGACGACGCAUGCAAGAAGGAGCUCCUCGCCUUCGUCCACACGCUCAAGCGGUGGCGACACUUCCUCCUUGGUCGAAGCCAAUUCCGAUGGGUAACGGACAACAAUCCGUUGGUCUUUUACAAGACCCAAGACACCGUCAACAGCACCAUCGCUCGAUGGAUGACUUUCAUCGACCAGUUCGACUUCUUUCCCCAUCACAUUCCGGGGAAGCCGAACCAUUUUGCGGAUGCUCUUUCACGGCGUCCGGAUCAUUGUACCGCGGUCUACUCAACCUUCGAGAUCGACAAUGACCUGCGGGAUAGCUUCAUCCGCGGCUACCAAGCCGACCCCGAGUUUCGCGACAAGUACGUGAAUUGCUCCUCUCCUAAUCCGGCGCCUUCUCACUACCGGAUACAAGAGGGGUACUUGCUUGUCCACACACGGGGGAAGGACCUUCUUUUCGCACCGAGUGACCGUCACUUGCCUACACGGCUUCUUGGUGAGUUCCACAAUGCUCCCGCCACCGGACACUUUAGAGUCAAUCGCACGAUUGGCCGACUUCGCGAGCGAUUUUGGUGGCCCGGCCUUCUCGGCGACGUCAUAUGCUAUUGCGAGUCAUGCGAGGUUUGCCGACGCUGCAAAUCCCGCAACCAUCGUCCGUACGGUGAGUUACGACCAUUACCGGUCCCUUUGAGGCGAAGGGAAGCGAAUGCCAUGGACAUUACCGGCCCGUUCCCCAAGCACAAGACUGGAGUGGAUGGGAUUCUCACGGUGGUCGACCGACUCACCAAGUUCGCCAUGUUUUUGCCUUGCCGCUAUCAUGCCAAGGCACUGGAGUUGGCCGAGGAUUGGGUCGAGCGGCUGCCGGAUGUCGAGUUGGCCUACAACUCGUCCAUCCACCCGACUAUCGGGAUGUCGCCCUUCCAAUUCGACCACGGCUUGCCGGUCACUUCGCCGUUGGACACCAUCAUUCCACGAACGGCCGAGAGCGACAACCAUCUUCUUUUCUUGCGUCGGAUGCAAGAGUUACUUGUCAAGGCACGCGACCAGAUGGCCAAGACGCAGCAACGCAUGAGCCAACAGGCCAAUCGCCAGCGUCUUCCUUGCCCAUUCCGCGCCGGUGAUCUCGUUUGGGUCUCUGCUGCGGAAUUCAGCCUUGAACAAGAUAUCUCUCGCAAGCUCCUUCCGAAAUGGAUGGGGCCCUGGCCGAUCGUGGCAUCCGCUGGGGAUGCACCCGAGGGACCUUCCUUCACCAUUCAGGUGCCCGCCCACUUGCCUGUCUACCCGGUCUUUCAUUGCUCCAAGUUGGCUCUUUACACGCCAGCGGAACAUGACGCUUUUCCCGGGCGACGAUUGCAAGACCCACCCUCUAUGGACGGUUUUCAAGGGGUCGGCGACAUCAUCUCCCAGCGACGCUACGGCAACAGGCCAACCGAGUACUUGGUACAUUUUGCAUACUGCACACACCGAGCUGACCGUUGGUUGACCCGUGCGGAACUUCAAGCAACAGCCGUAGGCGUUCUCGCACGCUACGAACGCAAGAUGCAAGGCAAGCCGGUAUCUUCGGCUCCACGCCGCACCCGUGUCCAGGUUCCACCUUCAGAUCGUCAGCUUCGCCCUCGCCCCGGCUUGACUUCAUAAAGAGGGGGGGGUGUUACAUGCUGCGCCUGCACACGA